GCGACGGUUUUGCUCCUGGAUCUGGAUGCGAGCGUCAUUUCAAUGAUUCCGCACUGUGGCCAGUGUCUGUUGUGUUAACUUCAUGGGAUAGACAAUGCUGCGUCUUGGCAGUAGAAUCUUCAGCUGCUGCUAGUCUGGUUGAUCGGAAAAUGUAGUCAUUCAGUGACAUUGCUUACAUGCUGUGUUUAGUUUAUUGUUCUGGUCCUAGACGCAGACCAGCAAUUCUGUGAGAAGAUGUUGAGUCGAAUAAUGAGUGGCAGCAUCAGGAAUCUGGAUAGAGAAUAUGACUGCACCGUAAGACUCCUGGAUGAUACGGAAUACACAUGCACAAUUCAGCGGGAUGCUAAAGGACAGUAUCUGUUCGACCUCAUCUGCCACCACCUGAAUCUGCUGGAGAAGGACUACUUCGGCAUCAGAUAUGUGGACCCAGACAAGCAGCGGCAUUGGUUGGAGGUCACAAAGUGUAUUGCCAAGCAGAUGAAAUCCCAGCCUCCGUUCACCAUGUGUCUCAGAGUCAAGUUUUACCCCCCUGACCCCGCUGCUCUCAAAGAGGAAAUCACCAGAUAUUUAGUCUUUCUGCAGAUCAAGAGAGAUCUGUAUCACGGACGCCUCCUGUGUAAGACGACAGAUGCUGCCAUGAUGGCUGCCUUCAUCCUGCAAGCUGAGAUUGGGGACUAUGACCCUGGGAAGCAUCCUGAAGGAUACAGUUCUAAAUUCCAGUUCUUCCCAAAACAUUCAGAGAAGCUGGAGCGACGAAUCUCAGACAUACACAAGACAGAACUGAUUGGCCAGACACCUGAAACAUCAGAGCUGAAUUUUCUCCAGAAAGCCCAGAUGCUGGAGACAUAUGGUGUGGAUCCUCAUCCAUGCAAGGAUGUGUCUGGAAAUCCAGCCUUUCUUGCCUUCACCCCAUUUGGAUUUGUCGUGCUUCAGGGAAACAAGAGGGUUCAUUUUCUCAAGUGGAAUGAGGUGACCAAACUGAAGUUCGAGGGAAAGAUAUUCCAUAUAUAUGCAAAUCAGAAGGAGGACAAAAAGAUCAUCUUGACGUACUUUGCACCAACACCUGAGGCCUGCAAGCACCUGUGGAAAUGUGGAGUGGAGAACCAAGCCUUCUACAAGCUGGAGAAGUCGAGUCAGGUGCGGACAGUGUCCAGCAGCAACCUGUUCUUCAAGGGGAGUCGUUUCCGCUACAGUGGACGAGUGGCGAAAGAAGUGAUGGAGCAGAGUGCAAAAAUCAAACGAGAGCCUCCAGAAAUACACAGGGCUGGCCUGGUUCCCAGUAGAAGCUGUCCGUCCAUCACUCACGGGCCGCGCCUCACCAGUGUUCCACGCACCCGCCGGAGAGCCGUCCACAUUUCCAUCAUGGAGGGUCUGGAGUCGUUGCGUGACAGUGCCCACUCUACACCUGUGCGCUCUGUGUCCCAUGGGGACUCUUUCAUGCCGCGCUCCCGCAGCCUGGCCACGGACGCCAGCGAGGGCUCGGCGGUGAUCUCUGACGAGGCCUACAGCCCCUCUGACAGCGUGCUGCCCACCCCUGUGGCAGAGCACAGCCUGGAGUUGGCCGUGGCACGCCAGGUCAACGGAGCCCCCUGCAGCAUCAAGGAGGAGAAGGAGUCGGAGGCAGGCACCCCCUCGGUGGGGGAUGCAGGCGACUUGUCAGACAGUAGAGCGACGGUUGAGGGUGCAGAGGGAGCCUCACCGCUCAGCGAAGUGGAACAGGUGAAUACGUUUGUUUUAAGUGUCCUCCGUUUGCUUCUUGUGACCAUUGGACUCCUCUUUGUCUUGCUCUUCCUCCUCAUCGUCCUCACUGAAUCCGACCUUGACGUUGCAUUUUUACGUGAUAUCCGCCAGACCCCCGAAUUUGAGCAGUUCCAUUACGAAUACUUUUGUCCCCUCAGGCGGUGGUUUGCCUGCAAGCUCCGCUGGGCGGGCAGUUUGCUCAUUAACAAAUGAGAGAGAGCAUGAAGCCGUAGAGUGCGUAAGCCCAUUCGGGGUUAGAGAAGACGAUUAAAGCUCCGGAGAGAUGGAGGGCAGCCCCGUCCCAACCAUGAACCCAGCUUCUCUCAUGAUACUCCCGCUGACAUACAUGUCGGACCACUCCUGGAAUCACUGUGCCAGGAGUUUCUCUCUCUCCCUCCAUUUUGAGUUACUCCCCCUUUUUUCCACUUUACCGUUCGUUUGUUUUUUACAAACCCUGAAGACAUUUUUUUGUUGAAUUUCAGGUCAUUUCAGGUAUUUUAUUUUUUCAAAAAAUAUAAACGAAAAAAUAAGAAACUGAAAUUAAAGAACUGAAGUAUUUUUUAACAGGAGCGAGACAUUUUGUUGCAACGAAUGAAAGUUGCCUACAUUUACUAUGUAUUGUUUGGAAAAUAAAUUGCAUUUGCAUAGGGGAAGAAUGUGAUGCAAGGAUAUCAGGGAAGCCACCAAGUCAUCGAAAUGGUUCAGAAUGAAGUGAGAUAAAUACAGCUUUGAAAAGUGUUCAGUGAAGUAGACAGUCAUGCCUUUUAAGAUGAAGUAACAUCCAUCCCAAGCCAUACAUCUAUAAUGGUUUUCAUUGAUCAGAACACCUUAAAUGAGGGAAGCUAGAGCGAUGUGCAUUGAGUCUGUCAAAGUGCAAGUGAUUGAAAUUGAGUAAGUCGGGAUGAUUACCAAAUGCCUUUUAUGAAGAAAAAAGUAGAUGAUAUGAAGAAGGUUUUGAAUUUGUCGGAUUGUUUUAAAGUUAUACUUUAGUGGAAAUACAAUAGGUGUAUAAAGUAGAAGCUGUGAAGUUGAAAUCUGUUUAAAGUUUUUAUAAAGGAUACAGUUAAAUAAACCAGUGACCAUGGUGUUUUGUGACCCCAUAUUGUCAGUAUCUGUUAGAAGGGUUGAUGAUCAACUUCUUGGAAACACUCACUAGCACCAAUAGGACCAGUCUAGGUAGAUAUGCAAUACUCUUUAGGUUAAAUACUUCAGUACUUUUGAAUGUGUGCAUUUGUUUUGUCAUAUUUCUUAAUUUUGUUUUAUGUACAUUUCUUGAUUAUGUUAAGAUCUGAUGAAAUUGAAGAUCUGUUGAAAUGUAUGAUUUCUUUCAGUUCCUUAUCAACCUAGCUCUUAAGUUUGCGUAUAUUAUACUAUAAUUAAUUGUUAGUAUAAGAAUAACAAUGAUGUACUUUUUGUACAAAGUAGUUUGUUUCCUAUUAUAUUGACAGUUUUUCCAUGUAUAUUUUUAACAGAACUGAAAUGAUAUUUUGUUAUUGAAGAUGAAAUUAUACUUUUUUUUAGCUCUGUUUCAAGUGAGGUCUGGCAUUUAUGGACAUAUAUGAGAGGGGGUUGACUCAAAAACUGGGCUUUUAUCAAGAUCCACUCCGUAUAGAUCACACCUCUCUCACUCCACCAGCAUGCACACUUUUUAGUUGUCAAGACAACUAUUUCAAAUGCCCACUGUAGGCCAGGAAGGCACAACAGAUGGUGGAGGAACAAUACAUAUUGUCAAAAGUAGACUGGACUACAAUACCAACAGAAAACAUAGUACUCCAAAGACAUGUUUUCAUGCCUGUAAACAUCACAAUAAAUGCAGAUUGGUCA